CCUGCGGGCCGGUGCCAUCGGGGCACGGCGCUCCCGGCGCGUCCCCGCGCUGUCCCCACGGGCGGCGGCCGGGGAGGGGCGUCGGGGGGGCAGUCCCGAGCAUUGAUAACCCGUGCCGGGCCCUCCGCGGGGGCAGUCCCGAGCAUUGAUAACCCGUGCCGGGCCCGCCGCGGGGGCAGUCCCCGAGCAUCGAUAACCCGUGCCGGGCCCUCCGCGGGGGCAGUCCCGAGCAUCGAUAACCCGUGCCGGGCCCGCCGCGGGGGCAGUCCCCGAGCAUCGAUAACCCCGUGCCGCGGGCAGCCGGGGAGCGCGGAGCCGCCGCGCACGCCUGCCCGGCACCGCACCGCACCGCACAGCGCACCGGCGCGGGAGAUGCGGCGGGAGGGCGCGCCCCGCGCAGGGACGCCCCGUCGCUGACACGCCGAGGAUGAGGCUGCCGCUGGCGCUGCUGGCCCUGGCCGCCCUGGGGGCCGCCAGCUCGGACCGGGAGGAGGCGGAGGAGGCGCGGGCGGGGCGGUUCUCCACGCCCGAGCAGCAGCGGUGCCGCUGGGAGCUGCGCUCGGCGGCGGGGGCCAGCGAGCUGCGGCUGAGCUGCCGGGCGGCGGGCGGCGCGGCGCGGAGCUGCGCCUACCGCGGGGAGCCGCGGCGCUGCCCGGCCUUCGGCGCCCGCAGCCGCCAGUUCUGGCGGCAGAUCCUGGCCCGGCUGCGGCGGCGGCGGGACCCCUGCGCCCCGGGAGCGCCGCUCAGCGCCCGGCUGUGCGGCCCCGGCCGAGCGCCGCCCGAGGCGCAGCUGCGCCUGCUGCCCGAGCCCGGCCCGGGCCCCUCCGCGCAGCCCACCGCGGACCCGGCGCACACAUACUGCGCCGAGCGCUGGCACUCGCUCUGCAGCUUCUUCGUCGGCUUCUGGGAGGGCUGAGCCGCUCCGGCCCGCACCCGGAUACUCCCGGCCUCGCCUGCCCUCAGCCAAUGCCCCCGACGCUGUCCGCUCUCCUCUUUUACUCUUCA